GAUGGAAUUUUAGCUGCAGUCUUUUUGGUGUGAGCCUACCAAUGCCAAAAUCAUUGGAUGAAAGAUUCUUCAGGGGCACUUUCUUAUGCAAGAAGCUAAACGGUAAUUAAAAGGUGCAGGAUGAAAAGAUGGCACAAUCAGUGCUGGUACCACCAGGACCUGACAGCUUUCGCUACUUCACCAGGGAAUCCCUUGCUGCUAUUGAACAACGCAUUGCAGAAGAAAAAGCUACAAAACCCAAACAAGGACGAAAGGAUGAGGAUGAUGAAAAUGCCCCCAAAGCAAAUAGUGAUUUGGAAGCAGGAAAAUCCCUCCCAUUUAUUUAUGGAGACAUUCCACCCGGAAUGGUGUCAGAGCCCUUGGAGGACCUGGAUCCAUAUUAUAUCAAUAAAAAAACUUUUAUAGUAUUGAAUAAGGGGAAAGCAAUCUUCCGAUUCAGUGCCACAUCUGCCCUGUAUAUUUUAACUCCUUUCAACCCUAUUAGAAAAAUAGCUAUUAAGAUUUUGGUACAUUCUUUAUUCAGCAUGCUCAUUAUGUGCACUAUUCUGACCAAUUGUGUGUUUAUGACUAUGAGUAACCCUCCAGACUGGACAAAGAAUGUAGAGUACACAUUCACAGGAAUUUAUACCUUUGAAUCACUUAUAAAAAUUCUUGCAAGGGGCUUCUGUUUAGAAGGUUUCACAUUUCUCCGGGACCCUUGGAACUGGCUUGAUUUCACUGUCAUUACUUUUGCGUAUGUAACAGAAUUUGUAAACCUAGGCAAUGUUUCAGCUCUUCGAACUUUCAGAGUCUUGAGAGCUUUGAAAACUAUUUCUGUAAUCCCAGGAUUGAAGACUAUUGUGGGGGCCCUGAUCCAGUCAGUGAAGAAGCUUUCUGAUGUCAUGAUCCUGACUGUCUUUUGUCUGAGUGUAUUUGCUCUCAUUGGGCUGCAGCUGUUCAUGGGCAACCUGAGGAAUAAAUGUUUGCAAUGGCCCCCAGAUAACUCUACCUUUGAAAUAAAUAUUACUUCCUACUUUAAUAGCUCAUGGGAUGGAAAUGGUACCUAUUACAAUAAGACAGUGAGCACAUUUAACUGGGAUGACUACAUUGAGGACAAAAGUCAUUUUUACAUUUUGGAAGGGCAAAAUGAUGCAUUACUUUGUGGUAACAGUUCUGAUGCAGGCCAGUGUCCAGAAGGAUACAUUUGUGUGAAAGCUGGCAGAAACCCCAACUAUGGCUACACGAGCUUUGACACCUUCAGCUGGGCUUUCUUGUCCCUGUUUCGCCUGAUGACUCAGGACUUCUGGGAAAACCUUUAUCAGCUGACUCUUCGUGCAGCUGGCAAGACCUACAUGAUAUUUUUCGUCCUGGUGAUUUUCUUGGGCUCUUUCUACCUUAUCAAUUUGAUCCUGGCUGUGGUUGCCAUGGCCUACGAGGAGCAGAAUCAGGCCACCUUGGAAGAGGCAGAGCAGAAGGAGGCUGAGUUUCAGCAGAUGCUGGAACAGCUUAAGAAGCAACAAGAAGAAGCUCAGGCAGCGGCAGCAGCAGCAUCUGCGGAAUCAAGAGAAUUCAGUGGAGCUGGUGGGGUAGGAGGCUUCUCAGAGAGCUCUUCAGAAGCAUCAAAGUUGAGCUCAAAAAGUGCAAAAGAAAGGAGGAACCGGAGGAAGAAACGGAAACAGAAAGAACAGUCUGGAGAAGAAGAGAAGCAAGAAGAAGAGGAAUUCCACAAAUCUGAAUCUGAAGAUAGUAUCAGAAGGAAAGGUUUUCGUUUUUCUAUCGAAGGAAAUCGCCUGACCUAUGAAAAGAGGUUCUCUUCUCCCCACCAGUCUUUAUUGAGCAUCCGUGGCUCUCUUUUUUCUCCAAGACGCAACAGCCGAACGAGCAUCUUCAGCUUCAGGGGUAGAGCAAAAGAUAUUGGCUCUGAAAAUGACUUUGCCGAUGAUGAGCACAGUACUUUUGAAGACAAUGACAGUAGAAGAGAUUCCCUGUUUGUUCCACACAGACACGGAGAACGGCGCCACAGUAAUGUUAGUCAAGCCAGCCGAUCAUCUCGGGUGCUGCCCAUAUUGCCAGUGAAUGGAAAAAUGCACAGCUCAGUGGAUUGCAAUGGCGUGGUUUCUCUGGUUGGUGGACCUUCAGCCCUUACGUCACCAACUGGACAACUCCUGCCAGAGGGCACCACUACAGAAACAGAAAUAAGAAAGAGACGAUCUAGUUCUUAUCAUGUAUCCAUAGAUUUGCUAGAAGACCCUUCUGGAAGGCAAAGAGCAAUGAGUAUAGCCAGUAUACUGACCAACACGAUGGAAGAACUUGAAGAAUCCAGACAGAAAUGCCCACCAUGCUGGUAUAAAUUUGCUAACACAUGUUUGAUCUGGGAUUGCUGUGAACCAUGGCUAAAAGUGAAGCACAUCGUCAGUCUCAUUGUGAUGGACCCAUUUGUUGACCUGGCUAUUACCAUCUGCAUUGUCCUGAAUACUCUGUUCAUGGCCAUGGAACAUUAUCCUAUGACUGAACAGUUUAGUGGGGUGCUUUAUGUAGGAAACCUGGUUUUCACUGGAAUCUUCACAGCAGAAAUGUUUCUCAAGAUAAUUGCCAUGGAUCCAUAUUAUUAUUUCCAAGAAGGCUGGAAUAUUUUUGACGGUUUUAUUGUCAGCCUUAGUUUAAUGGAGCUUGGCCUGGCAAAUGUGGAAGGACUUUCUGUACUCCGAUCAUUCAGACUGCUUCGAGUUUUCAAGUUGGCAAAAUCUUGGCCCACGUUGAACAUGCUGAUAAAGAUCAUUGGCAACUCAGUAGGGGCUCUGGGAAACCUGACCUUGGUGUUGGCCAUCAUUGUCUUCAUCUUUGCUGUGGUCGGCAUGCAGCUCUUUGGCAAGAGCUACAAAGAAUGUGUCUGCAAGAUCUCCAAUGAUUGUGAACUUCCUCGCUGGCACAUGCAUGACUUCUUCCAUUCCUUCCUGAUUGUGUUUCGAGUACUGUGUGGAGAAUGGAUAGAGACCAUGUGGGACUGCAUGGAGGUGGCAGGCCAAACCAUGUGCCUUACUGUCUUCAUGAUGGUCAUGGUGAUUGGAAACCUAGUGGUACUGAACCUGUUUCUGGCCCUGCUGCUGAGCUCUUUUAGUUCAGACAACCUUGCUGCUACAGAUGAUGAUAAUGAAAUGAAUAAUCUCCAGAUUGCUGUGGGAAGGAUGCAGAAGGGGAUAGAUUAUGUGAAAAGAAAAUUACGUGAAUUUAUCCAGAAAGCCUUUGUUAGAAAACAGAAAGCUUUGGAUGAAAUCAAACCACUUGAGGAUCUAAACAAUAAGAAAGACAGCUGUAUUUCUAACCAUACCACAGUAGAAAUAGGCAAAGAUCUGAAUUAUCUUAAAGAUGGGAAUGGAACAACCAGUGGAAUAGGCAGCAGUGUUGAAAAAUAUGUUAUUGAUGAAAGUGACUACAUGUCAUUCAUAAAUAACCCCAGCCUCACUGUAACAGUACCAAUUGCUGUUGGAGAAUCUGACUUUGAGAAUUUGAAUACAGAAGAGUUCAGCAGUGAAUCAGAUCUAGAGGAAAGCAAAGAGAAGUUAAAUGCAUCUAGUUCAUCUGAAGGGAGUACAGUGGAUGUGGGAGCCCCUGCAGAAGGGGAACAGCCAGAAGUAGAGCCUGAAGAAGCCCUGGAGCCAGAAGCCUGUUUUACAGAAGGCUGUGUACGGAAGUUCAAGUGUUGUCAGGUCAGCAUAGAAGAAGGCAGAGGAAAACUCUGGUGGAACUUGAGAAAAACUUGUUAUAAGAUAGUGGAACAUAACUGGUUUGAGACCUUCAUUGUCUUCAUGAUCCUCCUAAGUAGCGGUGCUCUGGCCUUUGAAGACAUAUAUAUUGAACAACGAAAAACAAUUAAGACAAUGUUGGAAUAUGCUGACAAGGUUUUCACAUACAUUUUCAUUCUGGAAAUGCUUCUGAAGUGGGUUGCGUAUGGUUUCCAAAUGUAUUUUACUAAUGCCUGGUGCUGGCUGGACUUUCUUAUUGUUGAUGUCUCUUUGGUUAGCUUAACUGCAAAUGCCUUGGGCUACUCAGAGCUUGGUGCCAUUAAAUCUCUUCGGACACUGAGAGCUUUGAGGCCUUUAAGAGCUUUAUCUCGAUUUGAAGGGAUGAGGGUGGUUGUGAAUGCCCUUUUGGGCGCAAUCCCCUCUAUCAUGAAUGUACUUCUGGUUUGUCUAAUAUUUUGGCUAAUAUUCAGCAUCAUGGGAGUAAAUCUUUUUGCUGGAAAGUUUUACCAUUGUAUUAACACCACCACUGGAGAGAUGUUUGACAUAAGUGUUGUCAACAAUUUGAGUGAAUGCCAAGCCCUUAUAGACAGUAAUCAAACUGCCCGAUGGAAAAAUGUGAAAGUAAACUUUGAUAAUGUGGGGCUUGGAUAUCUUUCUUUGUUACAAGUGGCUACAUUUAAAGGAUGGAUGGAUAUCAUGUAUGCAGCUGUUGAUUCACGAAAUGUAGAGUGGCAACCAAAGUAUGAAGACAAUCUAUACAUGUAUCUUUAUUUUGUCAUCUUUAUAAUUUUUGGAUCAUUCUUCACUCUGAACCUCUUCAUUGGUGUCAUCAUAGAUAACUUCAAUCAACAGAAAAAGAAGUUUGGAGGUCAAGAUAUCUUUAUGACAGAAGAACAGAAGAAAUACUACAAUGCCAUGAAAAAACUAGGUUCCAAGAAACCACAAAAACCUAUACCUAGACCUGCGAAUAAAUUCCAGGGAAUGGUCUUUGACUUUGUAACCAGACAAGUCUUUGAUAUCAGCAUCAUGAUUCUCAUCUGCCUCAACAUGGUCACCAUGAUGGUGGAGACUGAUGACCAGAGUCAAGAAAUGACUAAUAUUCUGUAUUGGAUUAACCUGGUGUUCAUUGUCCUCUUCACUGGAGAAUGUGUGCUGAAGCUGAUCUCUCUUCGCUACUAUUAUUUCACUAUAGGAUGGAACAUUUUUGAUUUUGUGGUGGUAAUUCUCUCCAUUGUUGGCAUGUUUCUAGCAGAGCUAAUAGAAAAAUAUUUCGUGUCCCCCACCCUGUUUCGAGUGAUCCGUCUUGCCAGAAUUGGACGAAUCCUUCGUCUCAUCAAAGGGGCAAAGGGGAUUCGCACACUGCUCUUUGCUUUGAUGAUGUCCCUCCCUGCUCUGUUUAACAUUGGACUCCUGCUCUUCCUGGUCAUGUUCAUCUAUGCUAUCUUUGGAAUGUCCAACUUUGCCUAUGUCAAGAGGGAAGUUGGAAUCGAUGACAUGUUCAACUUUGAGACCUUUGGCAACAGCAUGAUCUGCCUCUUCCAAAUUACCACAUCUGCUGGUUGGGAUGGUUUGCUUGCACCCAUUCUUAACAGUGGACCACCAGACUGUGACCCUGAAAAAGAUCACCCUGGAAGCUCAGUCAAAGGAGAUUGCGGCAACCCAUCUGUUGGGAUUUUCUUUUUUGUCAGUUACAUCAUCAUCUCAUUCCUGGUGGUUGUAAACAUGUACAUCGCUGUUAUCCUGGAGAACUUCAGUGUUGCUACUGAAGAGAGUGCAGAGCCACUAAGUGAGGAUGACUUUGAGAUGUUCUAUGAGGUUUGGGAGAAGUUUGAUCCUGACGCCACUCAGUUCAUAGAAUUCUGUAAACUCUCUGAUUUUGCGGCUGCACUGGAUCCACCUCUUCUUAUAGCAAAACCAAACAAAGUCCAGCUCAUAGCCAUGGAUCUGCCCAUGGUAAGUGGGGACCGAAUUCACUGCCUUGACAUCUUAUUUGCUUUCACAAAGCGUGUUUUGGGUGAGAGUGGAGAAAUGGAUGCUCUCAGAAUACAGAUGGAAGAGCGGUUCAUGGCAUCUAAUCCUUCCAAAGUCUCCUAUGAGCCAAUCACCACAACUCUGAAACGCAAACAAGAGGAAGUGUCUGCAGUCAUCAUCCAACGGGCUUAUCGACGUCAUCUCUUGAGGCAAAAAGUUAAAAAAGUUUCAUGUAUAUAUAAAAAAGACAAAAGUAAGGAAGGCAAUGGACUCCCUAUCAAAGAAGAUAUGAUUAUUGAUAAACUGAAUGAGAAUUCAACACCAGAGAAAACUGAUGUGACCCCUUCCACCACCUCUCCACCUUCAUAUGAUAGUGUAACAAAACCUGAAAAAGAAAAAUAUGAAAAAGACAAAACAGAAAAGGAAGACAAAGGGAAAGAUGUCAGGGAAGGCAAAAAGUAA